AUGGCGGACUCUGUAGAUCGGGUCUUUGUCCAUGCCCUCAACACAGUCAAGAAAAUCCCCAAGACGGGCGCGUCGCGUCCGCCACCCUCUGAACGACUCAGGCUAUAUGGACUCUACAAGCAGGCAAUGGAGGGCGAUGUGGACGGCGUCAUGGAGCAGCCCAUGGCCGGUGCCGGGUUGACCCCGGAGGAGCUGCAACGGGAACGCGACAAAUGGGAUGCAUGGAAUUGUCAAAAGGGCAUCAGCCGUACCGAAGCAAAGAGACGUUACAUAGAGGCUCUCAUUGAGACUAUGCACAGAUAUGCAACGACAGCAGACGGAAGAGAGCUAGUAUCAGAACUGGAGUUCGUCUGGAACCAAAUCAAGCACAACAGUCCCAGCGCCACCGAUUCUUCACCACAAGCUGCGCCGCCGCCCAGGCGCUUCACACAGCCAAUGAGCGGCAGCGAUGGGCCCAUGAAGAUGCUAAGUCCCAUGAGCGAGCAAGAUGAAGCCGAGCUACGAUCGCAACGGCAGACGGAUCUUGAAGAUCGCGAAAUGGGCCACGAUGUCAGCGUCGGAAGUGGCCGGUCACAGCGGAGAAUGGAACGCGCCAUCACCAAGUUAUCCGCCGAGGUGGCUGCCAUGCGGGAGCAGAUUUCGACUGGCCGGGAGUGGAGGUCAAAGAAGGAUCGCAGCUUUCCAUCAUGGCUUGGCUGGCUAGUCUGGUCCAUCAUGAAGCACCUUCUUAUCGACUGUGUCAUUCUGUCUCUCAUUUUAGUCUGGAUGAGGAGGCGCAAGGAUCGCCGUCUAGAGGACCUCGUGCGUGCAGCACUUACUCUCAUACGAGAAUACGUAAGAAAUAUCGUUCCUGCGAGUGGCAGCGCAUACUGGCAGGCCCUAGCCCAGGACUAUGGGAGUGUUUAUGGCGCGCAACGGAAGACGCUGCGCCUCUCGAAAUACAAGAGCAGCCAUUGCUACACGACUGCAAGUCGUGCAACGGAGUGUAGGGCUGACAAGAUCAUGGCUGGCCUCGAUACAGCCCAGGAAAUGACUCCACCACUCGCAUCAAUACCACCAUCUUAUGUUGCCGGCUGCAACCGUCGAUUUAGCGAUACAAACUUCCUGUCCACAAAUUCCCUGACUGAUCAAUCACGGAGGCCACCCACCAUGCCAGGUCCUCCUCCUCCUCCCGGCGCCCCAACGUCACCCAAAGCCAUGCGCCGCGCGCGCUCGCCCUCUUCCUCCACCAAGCGGCGCCCCCGAUCACCAUCCCCCGGCAAACGCAAUGUUGACCGCGGCUCGAGCCGUCGCGGCUCCGUCUCUGACGACGCCGAUGCCGACGUCGUCAUGGGCAACACAUCAGAGCAGCCACCGACAACAGCCUACGCCGCCGCCGCCACCGCAGCGACAGUAGCAGCAGCAGCAGCAGCAGCAGAGGCGCAGCCCAUCAUCCCCCGGCUGCGGUCCAUCGCGCCCGCCAUCUUCGUGCCUGUGGCCAAUGUGAUGCCCAGCGAGGAGCACCUGCAGAAAUUCGCCGCGCUCGCGGAAACGAACCGCGUCGAACACAUGCGGCAAGCGCUCUCGCAGUGCAACCGUCACGCCGCCGCCGUGCGCGUCAAUUUCUUAACGUUAUUCCGCCGCGAAACCGCACGUCUAAUGCAGCUAGCUGCCGCCGCCGCCGCGAAAGAGCCGCCUUCCGCGCAAAAGCAGCAGCAGCAGGGAGAGCGGCGCGGCGGGUGGUCGGCCACCGAAGCGGACCUUGAGCGCAUGCUCGCCAGCAUGGCCACGCCCGGGCCCCCCACGCAACAGCCCGCGCCGCAAUCCCGCAGCGUGGCGCAGAUUCUGAGUGGCGGAAGCGGAAGCGGAAGCGGCGGUGGACUUCGACAAGACCCGAGAGAUGUCAUUGGCGACGUGCAGGAGCCGAGCUUCAAGCACCGUCCGGCCGCCUCGCCGCGGGAGCUGGCUGCGCGCGAGACUCUCAACCUCGUCGGCAAGGCCACGCAUGAGCUGCGCAGCUACGAGACGCACAUUGCUCCGCGGAGGGAGAUGCGGCGGCGCGCGCUGGACAAGGAGAUUGCGCAGCGCAAGGGCAGGGUGCCGCCGCGCGAGGUUGGCUAG